AUGCCGCUGGGGAGCCCGCUACCACCGCCGCUGCCAAUGCCGCCGCCCCCGCGGCCGUCGCGACUCAGCUGGCCAAGGCCGAGGUGCCUUCCCCGCACCAUCAUGCCAUCCACCGCCGCGGGCAGAGGGCACUGGGCUGCGGCGGCCGGAGCCCGGGCGGCGCGGGGCUGGCCCGGGAGCCAGGGAACGCAGGAGGCUCUUCGGGGCGCGGGGAGGGGCUGCAGCGUUCGGCCUCUUAGAGGGCUUGCAGGAACCAUGAACCGGCGCAGAGCAAACUCACAGACCGCGCUCCUCUUCGCCGGGCUGCCAGGAAAGUCCCUUCUGCUGGGCUGCCGCCGCCGCCGCCGCCUUCCUGGGCAUGGCACCUCGGACUCGGCGGCGCACGUGGGCUUCAGGCGUCCAAACCCUGCCAGGCGGCACUUCCCCGCGACGGUGGCCGGGGCAGACGCUUCGGGAUGCAAGACUGCCCCGGGGGCAUCUCCUGCCUCCCGCUCUCGGAAAGCGGCGCCGGCGGCGGCGGCAGGGCCGAGGGUGUGGCCGGUGCUGGCGCGGCCGAGUCAGAGUCGGGCGGGAGCCUGCACUGAUUGCGCACAGCGGCCGGCCCUCUCGCGCUCUCGCCCGCCCGCCACGCCCGGGAGUGCCGGGCGCCGCGGCGGCCCCUUCCCGCCUCGCCGGUUCACAGAGCGCGGCCCGGCGCCCAGGCGGCACGCCCUCCCGGACCGCGCGCUCCGCGGCCCGCCGCUGGCUGUCGGCGUGAGUCCAUCCCGGUUGCCUCGUCUUCCCCUCGGGCCCGCAGCGGCUGAGCUCUCCCGAGACCCCGGGCCCUGCGCAUCGGACGCCGCCGCGCGCGUCUCCCUGGCGGCCCAGCCAACUCAGAAGGACCCCGCGGCGCUGCGGCAAGCCGCCCGGAGCCCGGCUCCUGCCAUUUUUGUCAACCUCCAACUUCCGAGCGAGCCGGGAGAAACUGAAAGGAAGGGCGGGGGCCGAAAGGCAGAGGAGAAAACACCCGCUUCCUCUCCGCGCGCGGCUUCACCUCGGAGCGCGGCCGUGGGUACGCCGCCGCCCGCUCGCUCGCCCGCCCGCCGGAGCUGCUGGAGGCUUUUCCUCUUCCCGUCCGCGCCUCGCCCCCGGGCUCGCCGCCGCCGCCUCGGCCGUAACCUCCCUGGAGCCUAUAGAAAUCUUUUGUGUGGCGUCACCGCCUUUCGUUUAAAUCCCGCUUCCUCCUCUCGCCCUUCCUCCCGCCCCCUCCGCCGCUCCCGGAUGCUUGCGCGAUGCGCUGCUCCUCCCCCGGGAAGCUGGGUGGCUGAGGGAGGACGCCCCCGCCCUGCGCGGACGCUGCCGGCGCCGGGCUGGUGGUCCCGGGCCUCGUCGGUGGUCCUGGGCGGAGAGGCUGGGACGGCGGACGGGAGAGAGGCCCGCCCGGGCCCGGGGCUCGGCACACACCCUUGGGAGACCCGGGCGCAGCCGCCAGUUGGCCUUACGUAA